AUUUCAAAAAGCCCAUAAAAAUAGAAAAUCGUCCAGGUCAGCCACAAAUUCAGAUUCGCCAAAAUCAAUGAGUUAUAUGGCGCCAGAGUUCUUCACAAAGCAGACCUAUGAUGCUAAAAGUGAUAUUUGGUCACUGGGAUGCCUAAUGUAUCAGCUUUGUACUCAAAAAGCAGCGUUUUCAGCCGAGUCCAUAGUCAUCCUCACACCCAUGAUACUUCAUGGUCCUUACCCAUCCCUCCCUGAGCAGUUCUCACCAGAGCUUCACCAACUCUUGAAUGACAUAUUCAGUAGAGACCCUGAGUCAAGACCAACAGCCAGUGACAUCCUGCAGCAUCCCUUUAUAUUAAGCUGCCUCUCAAAAAAGAGCAAAACAACUGUGGAGGAUCUCCAGCACAAGUUGACAAAGCUAAGGACUGUGGCUGAUGAUCUGGAGCGUGUACAUGAGGGCACCACCAUUGGGAGUUUGGCAGGAAAUGUGAUUGGAGCGGUGGGGGGUAUUACAUCUAUAGUGGGCAUUAUACUGGCCCCAUUCACUUUGGGAGCCUCUCUUAUAGUAAGUGGAGUUGGUAUGGGUAUGAGUACAGUUGGUGGUGUCGCUGCUGGUGCCUCGAACAUCACAAACAUGGUUAACCAGUCCUCUGAUCGCAAAGCUGUUCGAAGCAUCAUUAAAGAGUUUGAAGAGAAAAUUAAUGCAGUAGUCACCUGGCUCCAGGCGAUUUGCAACAGCUUACAGGCAAUCAAAAACACAUUUCAGUCAGCUGAUAUACCUGACAAUAUGGAUAGCAGUUUCAGUGAUGAGAAACUGGCACGGCUUGGCCUAAGGGCAGGGAAGGCGCUAGAUGCGAUUCCUAAACUGAUUCGACUAGUUCAAGCAAUUAGCACUGGCAAGAUCGCAGCACAGGCAACAAAAGCAGUACGUGUGGCAGAUAAGUUAACAGGUGUGUUUUCAGCUUUAUUUAUAGCAAUAGACCUCUUCUUCAUUGCCAUGGAAGCUAAAGAGAUACACCACAUUAGACAGUCUUCCUCAAAAACCACUCAAGCCAGGUCUGACCUUAUGAAAUUUGUCAAGUCAGUCAGGGAGGCAGCAGACAACUUGCAGGGAGUCCUGGAUGAGCUCAGAAGCAUGAUCUCAUCUAUCCCUUCAUUUGGGGAUGAUAAUGAGCUAGAAUAAUAAGGUAGGGAAUGAAUGUAACCCAAAGUUAACUAAAGUCAAGUCAAAUUAAAAAGAAAGAAAAAUGAUGUUACUCACUGAAGUCAC